UUCAGAUAUUCAGAUGGCUGGGGAGCAUGAGCAAAGCAGUCAUUGUGAACAGAGCCUGUCACUUGCUGAAGAGACCACAGAUGAAAGUCUGGUCAGCCUCAUCAACCAGCUACUGGCAGCCCCUGGUGUCAGUGACUUUGGGGAGUUUCUUGACCUUUCCUGUGUUCAAGAGCUGUCUGGAGGUCCAGAUGAGGGCUACUUACACCUGCUAACCAUUUUUGCUUAUGGCACAUACCAUGAUUAUAAAGCUUUGAAAAACACUUUACCCCCUUUGAAUGAGAUACAGAAAAACAAACUGAGGCACCUGUCUAUUGUUAACUUGGCUGCAAAUGUACAGGUUAUCCCAUACUCUGUCCUGAUGAAGGACUUAGACCUGGUCAGUGUUCGGCAGCUGGAGGACUUGUUAAUCGAGGCCAUGUAUGCAGGCGUGAUUCAAGGGAAGCUCGACCAGUGCAGGCAGCAACUGGAGGUCGACUUCUGUAUUAGUAGGGACAUCCCAUAUGAGGGAAUCGUCAAGAUCAGCAGCAUUCUCACACAGUGGUGCAGCAACUGUGAGACUGUCUUAACCUCUAUACCGCAGCAGGUGGGCAGAAUGAAUGAGUGCAAAGAUGCCCACUUGAAAGCCCACCAGGAGAUUGAGGCGGAGGUAAGGAACAUCCACCAGCAGAUUCUGUUCAGUUCCUCCACAUCUCAUCACAGCCUGCAUUCACAGCGUAAGAUGCUGUUGCCAUCCCCAACUAGAGGGCAGCAACCAGCAAACUGAGCUCCAAGGGCACAAACCCAACCUCUCAGAAUCAGUGACCAUCAAAGCAUCGG